UUUGUUAUGAAGUUUUUAGCCGAGAGUACUCUUUACGUAAACAUGUGGAAGAAUCUCAUGAACAGAAAUUCGAUCUAUCUAAAAUAGUAUAUAAAUGUUUACAAUGUUAUGUUCUGUUGCCUCAUUUACAAACAAUGAAAGAACAUUUUUCAUCUCAACAUUCAGAACUGGUUAUUUAUAAGUGCGCGUAUGAUAAUUGCACUUUUUGGAAUUCUACUAAAUCAGCGAUCGAAAUGCAUAUUAAGGAAAAACAUAAAAAAUCUAAAGAGAAAAAUUUAGUAGUAUUUACACCAAAACCGUGUGAAAUGUGUGGCAAACAUUUAUGUAGUCAAAGGUCAGCAAAAAUUCAUUAUCGAAUGAAACAUACGGGUGAACGGAUUGGUUUUGGAUGUCGUUUGUGUUCAGAAAGAUUCGAUACUAUUGAAAAAAGGAAGUUGCAUUAUACCAUGGUCCAUUCUGGAAUUCGAGCAUUUAUUUGUUCUGUAUGUGGGAAAGGUUUUAAUAGUAAAUCAGGUUUAUAUGGUCACAAGCAACUGCAUAAUAACAAUAGUUUUGAAUGUGAAUAUUGUCAUAAAAUAUUUGUUCGAAAGGAUACUUACAGCGAACAUAUUUUAAUACAUUCAGGACCUCGACAUCAAUGUCAACAUUGUUCAAGAUCGUUUACUCAACGUUCAAAUUUAAUUCGACACACUCGUAUUCAUACGGGUGAAAAACCAUAUCAAUGUCCAAUGUGUCCAAAGAAAUUUAGUGAUAAGGGUGCAUGCAAUUCUCAUGUUCGUGUACAUACUCGUGAAGAAGUAUGCUCAUGUCCAUUUUGUGGAAAAACCUAUAGUAAAAAACAAAAAUUGAAAUAUCAUCUAAAAACACAUACUGGAGAACAAUUGGGAAAGAAGCAAAAUGGAGAAGGAAAAACGUUAAUUUGUAGUGAAUGUAACGAAGGUUUUAGUGAUGAACGAUAUUUACAUCGACAUAUUAUAACAAGUCAUGUUGAAAUGGCUUGUAAUUAUAAAUGUCAAGUUUGUAAUCAAAAAUUUAUUACACAAAAUCAUUUAAAUUCACAUACGUUAUCGCAUUUUGGUGUCAAACAUAUAAAAUGUUUAUUAUGCGAAGCUGCUUAUGCAUCGAAUGAAAGUAUUAUCGAUCAUUUACGUGAAGAUCAUAAAAUAUCAAAUGAAGAAGUUGGAAAGUAUUUCAAACAAUUGUCUUCCGAAGAUGUUGAAAAACUACUAACAACGUGCUUGGAAAAGGACUCAAAUUCGGUGAAUAUCGUGUUUAGCGAUAUUAAACCAGGUAAUAUACCAUCACCACAAAAACAAAAAGGUAAUAAAGAUAUCAAAGCUAAAAAAACGAAUAAUAAGCGAAGAAAAAAGGAAAUUGUUAAAGAUAUUAAUGAUAUUGAAUUUGGAAACACAUUAACUGCAACAAAAAGUCGACAAGUUAAGAAACCAAUUCGAUAUGUGGUGGAGACAAAUGAUGUUAAAUUACCUGAUCCUAAAAAGCCAGAAACUAUUGUUAAUGUAGAUAAAUUCUUGGAAGUUAAUAUUAAGGAAGAAAUAGUUGAUGAUUACGAUAGUGAAAGUAUUUAAUAGAA